AUGUCGACACAUGCUACCCUGAUAAAGCCUCCCAAGGCCCUCCCUCACCACUCGCCGAUUGAAAACGUCCUGUCUCUGCUGCCCCUCGUCGACAUCGGCCCCGACAUUUAUACAAAUGCUCGCCCACUGUGGCAUCCUCCCGGCGCCCGCGGCAUAUUCGGCGGCGCCGCAAUCGCGCAAUGUCUGGCCGCCGCCCAAGCCACGAUCCCUCCCGACUUCACCGUCCACAGCAUGCACUGCUACUUUGUCCUGGCAGGGAACAGCGAGAUCCCCAUCCUGUACCACGUAGAGAGAGUCCGUGACGGCAAAAGCUUCAUCACAAGAACAGUCCAAGCCCGCCAGCGCGGGGCUUGCAUCUUCACCACAACGCUGUCAUUUAUGAGAAAGGACUCCGCCGGCGCGCUGACAGUCGAACACGCGGUCCCGAUGCCCGCGGGCGUGAUCGCUCCACCGGACCUUGACUCCGGCCGCCACCAACUCUCCGGCGACGAUCGCCCGUUCGAAUCCGUGCGUGCUCCCGCCGUCCACCGCGAGCCUCCCUCCAACAGGAAACUGCGGCAGUGGAUACGCGCCCGCGGGCGCAUCAGCAACUGCCCGCCCAACGUGCGCGAGGAAGAGCUGAGAAGUGGCCAACGAGCGAACCAGCCGGGCGAUAACCACCAAGCGCACCUCUCCGCGCUGGCAUACAUGUCCGAUUCGUACUUUAUCGGCACCAUCUCACGGGUCCACGGCUUGCAGCGCUUCGCCAACAAGGGCAACAUCGAACGCAUGCUCCAACGCUUCCCCGGCAGCGACGCCGAGCGCAAACAAAUGGAGGAAUAUCUACUGCAGAUCGGGCGCGAAGAGGAAGAGGAGGACGCAGAGCUCGACUCGACGCGCACGCCGGCCCAGCGACUGGAGCACCAGCAGGAUAAUCGGCGGGUCAGCAUGAUGGUCUCGCUGGAUCAUACCAUCUUCUUCCACAAUCCGCGGUCGUUCCGCGCCGACGAGUGGAUGUUGACCGAGAUGGAGACCCCGUGGGCCGGGGAUGGCAGGGGCCUGGUCGUGCAGAGGAUCUGGAGCAAAGAAGGGGUGUUGAUCGCCACGUGCACGCAAGAAGGGGUCGUGCGGUUGCAGCAGAAGGAGAGUAAGCUGUAA